AUGGAGUCGACCGCUCUGAAUGGGAGAAUGGCCCGAUGGAAAAUUCUUCUAUCUGAAUUUGAUAUAGUCUAUGUGAACCAGAAGGUGGUAAAAGGGAGUGCAAUAGUGGAUUUCCUGGCAAGUAGAGCUCUGGAAGAUUACGAGCCACUAAACUUCAAUUUCCCAAAUGAGGAUUUGAUGUAUGUUGCAACUGCAGAAGAAAGUUUUCAAGAAGGUGGUCAUUGGAAGCUGAAUUUUGACAGAGCUUCGAAUGCUAUAGCUUGCAUUAUGGGCAUCCGGGCAGCCAUAGAGCGGAAAAUUAAGGUGCUAGAGGUAUACGGAGACUCUGCAUUAGUAAUUUGCCAGCUCAAAGGGGAAUGGGAAACGAGAGACCCGAAAUUAGUCCGCUAUCGAAAUUUGGUCUUGGAAUUGAUUGAGGAAUUUGACAGUGUCACCUUUUGUUAUCUCCCACGAGAUGAAAACCAGAUGGCAGAUGCUUUGGCAACUCUAGCCUCUAUGUUUAAAGUAAACGAACCAGAAAAUAUGAAGCCUAUUCAGAUCAGCAUUCAUGAGGCUCCAGCACUUUGUUACAACCUUGACGAUGAAGAGGAAAAAGGAUGA